GGCAGACCUAGAACAGAUUAGAAGCAGAGCAGUGGGAAAAGACAGGUCUAAGGGGGCACAGUCCACAGAGAGAGAGAGAGAGAGAGAGAGAGAGAGAGAGAGAGAGAGAGAGAGAGAGAGAGAGAGAGAGAGAGUCAAACGAGAAGAGAGGUGCGGUAAUCAGACACGAACCGCGACAAUGCAGGUGACGUCAACGGCUGUCCUUCAUGCUCAAGUGUGGUGCGCAUGCCGAAGGCAGAUCGCUCAGCAUAAGAGGGACGCCUCUGACCCGUUGAAACCACGAUGCGGGUCGGUCAUGUUCAUCGCCGCUCACGGAGAUACGACGCGUCUCGCAGGGUCCAUUGUUGAGUGCGGCGACGAAGGCGACGACAUUUUCAAGUUUACCUUGUGGAAGCUUUACAGAAGUGGUGGUUCCGUCGACGAACACGCAAAAGGAUGCAAGGUUGCUGGCAAGACGUUCGGGGGGUACGGCGCGGGUGCGAUGGCUUUGCCCUUCUUUGUCCCUUUGUCGCCAGGCCACGACGAAGCCGUUCAUGUGAAAGUCUUCCUCGAGGUUUGGGUGGCUUCAGUAGACCUUGGCAGUGGCAUGGACGUCGACCCUGGGACAUCGAUACGUCGUCCUGUUGGGUUCGCGCGAGGAGUCAGUUUUGGCAGAGGUGUGGGAGGGAAGGGUGGACUACCUGGUACGCCUCCUGAUCCGGCUGUGGGCAUGUCGGACAACUCCGAGGAAGAGCGUGCGAGUGCGCCUUUGAAACCAGGCUUGCAGGGAUCUCGACGCCAAGGUUUGCUUGGGAAAUCGCCAAUUCGGACGUCGGUUGGAGGCGGCGUUAGCGAACUGUUGGAACAGGCCUCGAGAUCGACGCCUCCCCGACGCCUCGUAGAAAGAAUCGGUGAGUUCGUUCGUGGCAUGAAGGUGGCCAAGUUGUCGACAGGCGAUCGACCGGGUGGCUCGCAGGUUCGAGAGGUGCGUGGGGCAGAUGAGACGACUCGGUCGGUCCGCCUUGCUCCUACACAUCUGCAGACGGACGCGAGCCCACACCGGGAAGCAGGUGGGAACGUCCCUGGUGACGAGGAGCUACUCGAGUUGUGGGCGACUCGAGAGAUCUCGCCAGAGACGACUCAGUCGGGAGGCAAGCGCAACUUGCCAGGUGAGGAGGAGCGGGAGGGAGUAGAGGCUCUGAAAAGGCAAAGAAAGGAAGGAGGGAGUGUUCAGACGCCCACGACAAAAGAGCGCGGUUCCGUUGAGAAGAGGAAAAGGGUUGGAGGUGGGGAUGAUACGCCCAGAGAGUCCUCGACACGGCAAAGAACCGGAGAGUCUUCCGGGAAGAGGUCAAAGUCAGCGAAGGAGAGGAAAGCAGAUGAGGGCGACACCGGGGAGGGGGACGACGGCGUGGAGAUUAACCUGAACACAUUUAACAUUGACAAAGCAUUCUUCUUGGAGAUGAAGACGGGGGGUGCAGAGGGACGUUGUAAAAAGAAAAAGGAAUGGGCCGAGAAACUUCGAUACUACCUCCCACUGGUCAUGGCUGACGAGUCAGUCUUCGUGUUGGCGGAAAAAUUCUACAACGAGUGGUCGAAAGGAAAACUUAUGGCUUCCGAUGGGCGACGUUGGACUGAAAAGCCGCCGACCCAUGAGGAGGUGGCCAAGCCAGGACUGCUUACUCUGAAUGACAGCCAGGGACUGAAAAAACACGCCUCGUACGUUAAGGUGGACGACCCGUCGUUAAAAAAGGGCAAGGGGAAGCCAAAGAAGGGCGCGGAGGAGAAAACUUACUACGUCCAGGUUCCUGAGCCGGAUGUCCACUGCUGGAAUGAAUUGGCAGACUUGGCGGACCACGAGAAGAAAAGGUUGUUAAACGGCGUCUUGAACCUUACCGUCGUGUGGGUUCAAUCGAGUAGCAAGAAGUUGGGGGAGCAGGGGAAGUACAGUGUGAAGGAGAUGGUCGACAUAAUAAAAAUCGACCGGAUUAUGCUGAGGCUAUGGCACUACAUGGAGUUCAAGUACGAGGAAAAGGAGGAGUGGAAUGUCAGAUCCUCGUUCUUUAGGUCCAAGCGACAAUUGUUGGACGAGUACGUGGACAACGGUCUCGACGAAAAGCUUUGGAACGAGAGCGGAAAGUUUUUCAACGACACCACCUACGUCAACAAGUGCCCUCAGUAUCUAGGGUGUCAACAUGACAACAACGUCAAGAAAACCGUUGCCCUCGUUAACGACCCACAUUUCCCGGCGGAGUGGAAACGUGUGGUGCUAUCGGUGAUCACCGGAGAUCGCGCGCAAAGCAGAAAAGGCCCUCGAGGCAUUGACGAAUGCAUCAACAUUUUGUGGAGGAAGACAAACGCCGUGACGGAGCUGGCCCCGUUUGUCGUCGACCCAUUGAAUGCCAUGGACUGUAAGGACGCGCUGGAAAAACUGGGCCAUCAGUUGCGCUCCCACACUUGCGUGUUGGACUUGAGCGGAACUGUGGAUCGGUCGCGCUGGGAUUCUGGAGCAUUCGCGUCUGACGUGUGGGAGGAGCCGGACGUUAUGCACAUCCUUUUCAAAGGUGAGGAUCCGCGGCUGCUGACUCAGCCAGUGUACGAGGGAACUGUUUCCGAAGACGAUGCCGCCGCUCUCCGGAGGAAGCAGAAAGUGACACCCACGGAUGUGGAGGAGAAGCCUUUCAAGUCCUUGCAUUUCUCGGACUUUGGGAACCUCAGCCAGAGGCAGGCUGUGUACAAGGAAUUCGAGAGGAAUCCUAAUCAAUUAUGCAGUGGUGUGGAAUCUGCUUCACCAGGGAAGGCACGUCUUGGCCUUGGAGGGGACUCAACGCAGCUUGAAUAUACUGUGCAGUUUGUUGACCAUGAAGUCCGGUCCACGGCUUACGCGUGCGAUUUCCACCAUGUCAUCGUCGAGCCUAUUUAUGACCCGAGUAAGGACAUGUUUUUCAAGUUGACUCCGAAGAAAAGGCGUCAGGUCUACUCCUUUCUUUUCGGCCAUCAACCGAAGUGUAGGUUUGACGCGCAGUACGUGAUGCGAAAGCAAGUCGCCAUUGCAGUCUUUCAGGGCUACCACGGUGCGAGUCGCAGCAACGCAGUGGGCUUCAUGAAGAGGUUGGAAUAUGUCUUUUUCGAUGAAGGUGUGACCGAUCCGGCCGACUUCACUUUGGACAACUACAGGCUGACAUUUGGUGAGGAUGAUGACUUCAAUAUCGAGACUGAGCGGAAGGAGAUGGUUGUGAGGGAUAUGAGUGGAGGGUGGGAAUAUGACGAUCGUUGGGACCUCGAUACUUUCAAGUCUCAAGCCUACGAGGCGGUAUUGCAUAAAUUGGUUGAGGUCAAUCGACGAAGCAAGGACGACCCUGCUCUGCUGGCAUACGCGGACUCGUUGUUCAAUUUAUUGCAAGCAAAUAAAUGGUUGGAAGUAUCCUCUGCAUUCUACAGCCUUCCAUUGAGCCCGUCAUUGAAUCACGUAAGUUGGGAGUUGCCUGUGCUCACGCCGCCGACUGGAGUUGUGGUGCGCAAGUCUCGUGGAAAGGACGACGAAGGGGAUGGUCAGGGCGGCAGUCAGCGUGGAACCGGGGAGGGGAGUGAACAACGCUCGACGAAACAGCGGUUUCCGGGGCACGAAGGCGGCGGAGAGGGGAAAAAGGGCAGCCGAGAGAAGAAAAAAACUCGCAGCGGAGAGAAGACGAAGCAUCACAGACGAGACGGGAAGGGGUCCGACGUCGACGGCGAGGACGACGGUGCGGCAUUGGCGGCAACAUGCAGCACCUCGAUGGAGACAGGAAACGACUUCAGGUCUAGGUUGGCGCAGCGGCCUGACGAGCAGGACUCUGUCAUUAGCUCCACCAGUGCGACACAUUUUAUCGAUACGGUUGGCGGGACAGUUGUUGCGAAGGAUGGCACUUGCCCAACUCAGCUCCAGACUCAAGUGGCGGAUUGUCUCGGAUCAAUCCGAACCACGGAAACGACGUCUUUGUCCGGAACUCAGUGCCUUGCGGGAAGCGAGACGACAGCAUACCUUGGGUCCGACUGUGACAAGCUGGAACCGUUUUCCGUUUCGACACAUCAGGAAGUUCGGAUUAAUCUGAACCUGGAGGUCCAUGCCGUCAAGAAAGCACAGCGGUCCACAGAACAUGAAUUGACGUUCCGGGUUUCCGAACACCUUUCCAACGAAAUUCGGAUUGAUCCGAAUCAGGAGGACAUGUCUACAAUGACAGCCGAUUGGUGUAAGGACGCCGUAAUGUUGUGCAUGGAAGUCCAUAAGGAGUUGCAGGCAGACUGUCCGUCUUCCGUAGUCGGUGUUCGAGACAAUGCCAUGAAGUCCCUUGAGGGUGAGUUGGCGCCCAGUUCCAACGUCCAGUCUCGCACACUAGGAGAGGGAUGCCCGGUUACGGUGCGUGCUUCGUUAACAGUCUUAAGCGACUCUGCAGUGAAAGCGGACAUGUCCGCGCCAUCAGACUCUGUCGAGGCUCGGAUGAAUCCGAACUUGGGCGAUGUCAGCAUGUCCCUCGAUUAUGCUGCUUUGGGGACGGCCGUAGUUCGGAUGCAUCCGAAGCAGACAAACGCUGGACUCGAACUGGCAGGCGUGGAGGGUUGUGGACAAGUCACGACUUUCGACAAAGCGGACGGGUCCUCGCCACUGCAUUCCGCCGAGGACCGGAUUGAUCUCAAGCCCGGCGACGUGAGCAUGCCCCACGUCACUUUCGUAAAUGAGAUGCGGGCCGUCGACUUGGACCAACGACUCGGGACGGGUUACGAGGACCCCUUGUACUCCGUCCUUCACGACGAGGCUAUGGGAGAGGAUCUUCUGAAGAAGGCCUCUAACGUUGUUGAAGAUAAAUUGUUCUACUUAAGUGACGACGACAAAGAUACAUCGCACGAGGACAAGAAGGUAAGGGGGGGGAAAGUGUUGUUCGACAUCCACGGAACCUUGAGCCCGACACAAUACGACACUGGGGCAAUGGAGAAAACACAACCUGACAAUGUUGUGGACCUCGUCGCACUUAGUCCGGAGAGGAGCGGAAUAAAAUUGUCUGUCGUGGACAUGGAGGAUUUGCGCCAUAGGGAGGAAUUCAUGCCUUCGCCGAUCAUCGACGCCGACAUCUCUAACCUGUCAAGUUUUCCAGGUGGUUUGGAGCACGUCAUCGCGGCGUCGACGCGCAGAGGAUCGACAAUCGUGCUGGGACUACCAUCGGUGGACUCUGAUGACGUGGAAGCUAAGCCUGGUAAGCACUGAAUUUCUCAGCUUGCUUCCCGCU